AUGGCAGACCUGAAGCUUGACUUCGUCACCCUCGAUGUCUUCACUGACACCCGGUUCCUGGGCAACCCGCUCGCGGUGGUCUUCGUCCCGGCGACUGUCCGGAACCGCCUCGACCAGGAGACCAAGCAGCGCAUCGCGCGCGAGUUCAACCUCUCCGAGACAGUGUUCCUGCACACGCUCGAGAACGAGCCCAGCACGGGCUCCAGCACCCGCGAAAUCGACAUCUUCACCCCGAGGAAGGAGCUUCCUUUCGCCGGCCACCCAACCGUCGGCUCGGCCUACCUGAUCCUGCACCACUUCGGCUGGGGCCACGUCGACACGCUGCAGACCAAAGCCGGGCCGAUCCGUAUCGAGGCGCUCGCAGGCCAGGCAGCGGGCCGCAUCCGGGCGGCGAUCCCGCACGCGGUGCGCAUCCACCAGCACUCGCUGGGCAGCCUGCUCAGCGCCCCGUCCACGGAGCCGGCCACGGCGAGCGCCAUCGAGCAGGGCCUGUCGCCGCACGCGGAUAUCCGCGCGGCCGAGCUGAGCGCGCCCGUCGUGAGCAUCGUCCGCGGCAUGACUUUUGUCUUGGUGCGCCUGGAGAAUCUGGAGCAGCUCGCGCGUGCGCCGCCGGCGGCCGAUAUCGAUUUUGACAAGAUCGGUUUGCUUGAUGAGGGGGCGUGGAAAGAGAGUCUCGUUGUGCGGUACUAUUAUGUUCUGGGGGGGGAUGAGGCGUCUGCAGGGGGCAAUGAGAGGACCAACAUCCGGACGAGGCUGCUGCGAUCUGGGUUCGAGGAUCCUGCUACCGGCAGCGCGGCGUGCACGCUGUCAAGCUAUCUGGCCUGCCAACGGGGGGCGGUGGAAAAGGGGGCGUCUUUUGCGAUUACGCAAGGCGUGGAGAUGGGGAGGCGGAGUGAGAUUUAUAUUGAUGCCACUGUUCAGCGUGUCGGUUCAUCGGGGGCGGUCGGCAUCAAGGAACUUCAUCUUGGUGGAACGGCCGUGGUUGUGAUGAACGGGAUUUCAGGCGAGGUCCCCGAGGAGCCCGUCGUGUCGCGGAAGACAGGCACCGUGUUCGAGAAGCGGCUGAUUCUAAAGUACAUCGAAGAGAACGGGAAGGAACCCGGCACCGACGAGGAGCUCGACCCCGAAGACCUGUUGUCCGUCAAGACCAGUCGCGUGGUCCGGCCGCGCCCACCGAACUUCACAUCCCUGCCGUCGCUGCUCAAGGCUUUUCAGGAUGAAUGGGAUGCGCUGGUGCUCGAGACAUACAAUACAAGGGAACAACUCUCCCGGACGAGGGAGGAACUCGCGACAGCUCUCUAUCAGCACGAUGCAGCGGUCCGUGUCAUUGCACGGCUAACCAGGGAGCGGGACGAGGCCCGCGAGGCUCUGUCCAACGUCACCGUUGCCCAGGCAGCGGCGGGGCCUGCAAACGGUGAUGCGAUGGCUGUUGACAACGAGAGCCUGCCGGAGAACCUGGUGGAACAUGUCAACGAGUUGCAGCAACAAUUAACAAAGGGCCGCAAGAAGCGCCCCAUCCCCAAAGGCUGGGCAAACUCGGACGACGUGGCCAACCUCCAGCAAGUCUCGUACACCGACCUGACCGUCUCACAAGCGUCGUCCCUCGAUACCGAAUCCGAGUACGCGGCCAUUGGCGGCCUGGACGGGAAGCUCGAUAUCUACUCGAUCCAGGGUAACACGGUGGAGAGGACACUUGACAUUGGCGAGCCGGUGACGGCCACGGCCUGGACGGGGAGCAAGGUCGUCCUGGCCACGGCGAGGGGGUCCGUCAAGGUGUUUGACAACGGUAGCGAGACGGCCUCGUUCCAGGCGCACGCGGGUGCGGCGACGGGCCUCUCGGUACAUCCGGGCGGGCGGAUCCUUGCGUCUGUCGGUGUGGACAAGAGCUUCGUCUUUUACGAUCUGGAGUCGCUGGAGCAGGUAUCUCGGUGCUAUACUGAUGCUUCUCUCACCGCCUGCGCAUUCCACCCCGACGGCAAGCUCUUUGGUGCCGGGACACAAUCAGGGGAUAUCAAGGUUUUCCAGUCCGAUACCGGUGAGCAGGCAGAAAGCUUCAACCUCGGCACGCCAGUGCAAACGCUCGUCUUUUCCGAGAACGGCUUCUGGUUUGCUGCGGCGGGCAAGGGCCAGUCGACGACCACCAUUUUCGACUUGCGGAAAUCGGGUCCCGCGGCCCAGGUCAAGGAGCUGCAAACGGGUGACGCCCAGGCCCUGGCAUGGGACUACACGGGCCAGUACCUGGCGACGGCUGGAUCGAUGGGUGUCACGGUGCAGAUGUACUCCAAGAGCUCCAAGUCGUGGUCCGAGCCGCUUCGGACCAGCACGCCCGCUGCCGCCAUCAGGUGGGGACCCGAGGCCAAGUCGCUGGUCACGGUGAGCAAGGAGGGCGUGGUGUCGGUGCUUGGGGCUAAGGAAUGA